AUCGAACGCGACGAUGAAUGGCGUCGUGUACAGAAUGAGCUCGAGGAGGAGCGGAAGCGCAAAGCAGAGCUAGGGAGGCAAGAAGAUGGCAAGAGCUUAUACGAAGUACUCCAGCAGAACAAAAUGGCCAAGCAGGAAGCUUUUGAAGAGAAGAUCAAAUUGAAGAACCAAUUCCGUUCGCUGGACGAAGACGAAGUCGAAUUCCUCGAUUCUAUCAUGGAGUCCACCCGGGCCAAGGAAGCUGCGGUCAAGAAGGAGACUGCCGAACAGCUGGAGUUGUUCCGUCGACAGCGAGAAGAGGCAGAGAAAACUCUGCUGGAGGAUACAUCUGCGGAUGUCGCACCGGCCGCUGAAGGAGAGGACUGGAAGAUUCCUGCCCGCAAGAGACGUCGAGAGAAGAGCAAAGACCUUCUUAUACCCGGUAAAAAGCGCAAGUCUCUGGGGGGUGACACUACUGGAAACUCCUCGAAAGAACAAAGUGCGGACAAAGAAUCCGGAAAGGUCGAUAAGAGUGACCAUGAAAGCGAGCCGGAGCCAACGCAAAAGAAGCCGGAAGAGUCAAAGCCAGCAGCUGCAUUGCCUGGAGCAAGCAAGCCUGUACAGGAUUCAAAAUCAAGCCCAAAGCAGACUGCAUCGAACGCAGCAACAAACGCACCUUCGUUAUCCCUUGGAUUAGCCGACUACGGCUCAGAUUCAGAAUGAUUUUGAUGUGUUGUACAAUAAGCACUUGGUGUCCCUGCUCUUUACAUUCGUGCUCUCCGUCGCUUGAGAUUCUGCGCCUGCGGACUGCUGAUGCGGUAUCAUUAAAAUGUACAUGAUGCUUCGUCCCUCUGGGCUCGAGGGAUACUAGCUUGCUUGCACUGGAACAUCAGCAACGGGGCCUUUGGAUCACUAAAAGCAUUUAGGUCUUAUCUAUAUCGCAUAUCUUAUAAUAGUACAUGCUAGGUUUCAGAAAUGGC